UUCCCUCUUUAAUCUUUUAUGACCUUUCGUACAUUUGUAUUUCUUCCUUCAUGUCUUCUUCUCUUAGAAUUGGUGCCCUAGAAAAUCAACUUUUCCAGAACUCUAGUGCUUCUUGCCUUCGAUAGUGUGUCUUCCUCCUUCCGGUGUGCCGUGCGUCUUCCAGGACUACGGUUGCCUUUUCGUUCCACCGAUUCGGUAUCCGUAGUCUUUGCUCAAGGAUCCAACACCAGAGGUUUGGUGUCUCUUCGGAAAGGCAUAGAGGGAGAAUAAUAUGUAGAUACAAUGCUUUAGUAACCAAAGGGACUGAGAGUAUGCAGGUCUACUAAGGCAGCAAGUAUGGUAUAGCAUGAGAAAAUUCUCAUCAAUAUCUUCACUUCCAUUAAGAUACACCAGAGUUUCAGUUGAUCAAACAACAUCGCAUCUUCAGACCAGAAAACACUACGAUCUCAUGGAGGAAUUAUGGGGUCGAGCAACAGGUGGUAGUGUGUGCGCAACACGUCAAGAACAACGUCAACACCAGCAACAAAAGUUAGAGGUUGAUCUUAAUUAUCAAAUGGAGUACAUACCAGAGUCACCUUUCUAUGAAAGAGGUACUUAUUCGACUUCACUAUCACCAUCAGGUAUGGAUGAGCAUAGUCCUGGGCCUACUCAACCUGUGACAUCUAUUCCAUCGUGUGAGACUUCGACAUCACGAGGCUCAAAACGAAAAGCACCAAUGGUUGAUUUGAUGGACUCCCAGUUCGAGAAGCUCAUUACAAAACUAGACGAGUUAAUGAAUGUUCUGAGAUCGAGUAACUCUCAUUUUGAAAAAAUAUUAUCCAUAAUGGAACGACUGGGAAGUGCCAUUGAGGAGCAAAAUGAUAUUAUUGAGAAGCAAAAUUAUAUUAUGCGUCGCAGGUCAACUUUCCAAUACUCAGAAAGUGACGUAUGGGAGAUGCUAGCUGGCAUGAACAUACAAGAAGAAUCUAUUAUGGAACAUUAUUAUGAUUUUCUCUGCACAAAUCCUGUCUAUACCAAACGGCUGAUGGGUUUGCCUCCAAAUCUUCGUUGGAAUAAGCUAAUUGAGAUGAUGAUGGGGAGUGUUUGACCCUUUUGUUUAUAAUUCAUUACUAUGUUUGUUUUAUUCAUGUAUGAAACACUUUUAUCGCUUACUAUGUUAAUGACUUUAAUUACACCAUAUUUGCAUAAUCUUUU